AUGUCGUUCGCGAAGGGCUUCAUGACGGUCGUCUACAUUGUCGUGUGCCUCGUCGGCACUCCCGGCAACCUCUGGAUCGUCUAUAAACUGUUCCGCGCCAAGUGAGUACCGUAAUCGCCACCCCUACCGUAUGCACUUGUUUGCAGGCUUUGGAGCGGCGCGUCUGUGCAGCUGACCGUCUCGCAACGCUCCCGCAUCUACAUUUUCGCGCUCGCCUGCUCCGACAUGAUCCUUUUGCUCACGCUUCCCGCCUCGGCUAGCUACAAUUAUCAUGGCACGUGGAUUUUCGGAUCCGCCGCCUGCUACAUCAUCCGUUCCAUCGAAAUAUUCGCGAAACUCUUCUCCGUCGUCCUGCUCACCGUCAUGAGUUUGGAGCGCUACAUUAUUGUGUGCACCCGGUGAGCGCUUUGAGCUGAACACUUGGCAAAAGUGUGCAGAUUUGCGUGACGGUGUACGGCGCAGAACACGAGUCAACUAAAACGUAGAAAGGGGCGUGGCCGUGCGCGUGCACGGUUUUGACACCAUUUUGGCGCGAAAUUCGAGAAAUUUAACCCCAUUUUUCAUGUUUUUCCGUCAAAAUUUACCCGAAUUUUGUAAUUGCAUAAAUUUGUUAAUAAACUAAUCAUCGCGCGCACGUUUUGAGCUUAAAACGAGCAGGUUUCAUUCAGAAAUUCAAUCAAUUGAAUCGAUUUUCAAGUUUUGUGCUGAAAAUGCGCGAAUUUCAGUCAUUCGCCGAUACUUUUUGCAGUUUGAACGCUUAAAAUACUUGUAUUAACGUGCUUAAUCACUUCCGACACUCACUUCGGCCGGUACACGGUCUCCCGCGGCGCGAAUGAUUUCAAUGGGGCGCACUUGCAACAGGCGGGCUGUGUCGAUUUACGCGGCGGCCGAUUAAUUAAUUUUCAACGGGAGUUCGCGUUCUUUCCAUGUUUUCUGUACAAUACACCUAUUUUUUGUACGCCUGGAACCUGGCGUCGAAUAAUUAGAUCACUAGCUACGUUUUGGUAACAGAAAUCUUGCAUAUCGUUGAGAAUGAGCCGAGUUAUUUCGAUUUGAAGGUUUUGGCCUGAAUUUUGAUGUUUUUCGAAUAGUUUUCGAAAACUGCUCAAGAAAACUAACCGCCGGAACCUGAAUUUUGCGAAGAAAGAUUCAGCGAACAUUUUUAUCGUUCGUUGGGCUCAUAAAAUGCAAAAUGAGCUGAAAUAUAAAGGUUUGAAGUUUUGACGAAAUGAAAAACUCUAAAUUCGGUAAAGAACGGUUUCCAAUCAGUAAAAUAUUGUUUUCUAGACGUUUUUCAAGUGAAAAUGAAAGAAAUAAAUGUCGUAAACUCGAAUUGAACUACAUUUUUAGACCUGCAAAUUUUCAAAAGCUACAACGACACUCCGCAAUUUACGAGCGCACUGUGUUUAGCAUUAGCGCCCCCUGGGAGACCAUGCGGUAUGAAAAUUCCGAAAUUGCGAGCGUAUUGCAAAAUAUGCCAAAAAUGGGUCAAACGCGGCGUUUUCACGAAAAUUUCAAUGUUUUCUCUCUUUAAUGUCUCUUCUUUCGUCGAUAUCAAACACAAAAUUAUCGAAAAAGUGCUGGAAUUGCGGCAAUUUUUCAGAAAACGCGUCUCAGAUUAGGCCACGCCCCCUUUUCUAGACUUUUGGUCGCCGUGUAGCCGCCAAUUAAAAAAAAAUUUGAACAGAACGCUUUCAGACUGCGUCAAGUGUACCGUGCGUGGAUGUCGCUGGUGCCGCUGGCGGUGGGCACCGUGUUCGGCGUGCUCGUGCCGACAAUCUUCCAUUUCCUCUACCUCCAACACUUUGCCGUGCCGUUUCCCGACUCUGACGUCACGUGGGUCUGUCUGCCGUUGAUGUCGAACGACGUGUUCAACACGUUCGCCCAGUACACGUUCGUCGUCGGCUUCAUCAUUCCGUUCGCCAUAAUGACCGCCUGCUACAUCAUGCUCGUUCGUCACGUCAAGGCGAAAUACAAGAUUCGUCGCGCGCAGACGGCCACGUCGGCGAAGCCCGGAAAAGAGCCAAAGUAUAUGAGCGAGGUGCGGAAAAGUAUUUGGCGCAUCGCCGUCUUCCAUUUCGUCUGCUGGGCGCCAUUCUGGGGAUUCACAAUGCUGCCGAACUACAUCGAUCAGAUUGACAAGUUUUUGCACGGAGACGGCGAGGAGAGCUGCGAAGAGAGCAUUCUGCUCGUCUAUUGUCGCCUUGUCUCCAAUUGUUUGCCGUAUAUCAAUGCAGCAGGUAAUUUUGAGCGGAUAUCUCCGUCAUGGUUAGAGAUUUCAAAAAGUUGUCAACUGAGUUAUUGUUUAGAAUGAAAUUUUGUACAUUUUGUCUGUUGACAACUUUUUUAUAUCUCUGCGGACAGCUGAGAUAUAGCGUCUUGAAAAGACCCACCGUUAAGUGUAGUGAAAGUGUACUCUACUCUUGUACUGUUCAUUCAAGACUAUAUAUCUGAGCUGUGGGAAGAGGUAUCAAAAAUUUGUCAACUUAGAAGUUAUUAAUCUAAAAAUUAGGUACAUUUUAAUAGUUGAAAAGUUUUUGAUAUCUCUACCCACAGCUGAGAUACAUCGCUUCCAAUUUCUAGUAUUUUUGUGCUUCAAGUCCCUUAACUUUGCGACUCUAUAUCUCGAAAACCAAUAGUUAUCCAAAAUAAUGGUCAACUACAAAAUUGUUGCAAAUUUUAUGUUCUACAACUUGUUAGUUGAUCAUUUUAACGUAAAAUGUAUUGUUCUCAAGUUAUGACACGUUUUCUAAUCACCCCCAAUUUUCAGGCAACUGGGUGCUGUACGCUCUGCUGAAUGUGGACGUUCGUAAGCAUAUUUACAAUCAGCCGAAGAAGAAGCGUGGUUUCAGCCUCACCUUCAAACCGAUCAAUACUUCGUCGAAUUGCUAG